GACGUUCACCUCACCUCUACUCCACGGCUCUUACCCACCGCUGGAUUUGUUUUCUUUUACCAGCCAAUUUCCCGGGAAACAAACAAAUACACAAGAAGUUAGUUGAAUCAGUGAGCAUUUGGAGAAAAUGGCGUUUCGCUCUUCCCACAGUUUAGGCCGUCCACUAAUUGCUCCAACCAAUCUAACAAAAACUCCCUCUCGAAACUGCAAAUUUUCAAUUCAGAAUUGCAGUUUAGACCCUAGUCAUUCUCGAAAGCUAGUUUUAGAAGUGAAGGAUAAGCUUGAAAAAGAACAUCAUAGUCUUCCAGUAGGCCAAAAUGGCAGAGAUGAUGAAGACAUGAUCCUUUGGUUUCUAAAAGACAGGAAGUUUUCUGUUGAAGAAGCUGUUGCAAAAUUGACUAAAGCCAUUAAAUGGCGUCAAGAAUUUAAAGUCUCUGAAUUGACUGAAGAGUUGGUGAAAAGUGUAGCUGACACUGGAAAAUCCUAUGUGCAUGGAUUUCUUGAUGUCCAUGGGAGACCAGUGCUUGUAGUGGUGGCGUCCAAGCACUUUCCUGAUGUGCAUGAUCCUGUUGAAGAUGAGAGGCUAUGUGUCUUUCUAGUAGAGAAGGCAUUGGCGAAGCUCCCAGCAGGACAAACUAAAAUACUUGGAGUAUUUGAUCUUAGGGGCUUUAAGACUGAAAAUUCUGAUCUCAAGUUCUUGACUUUCGUGUUUGAUGUAUUUUACUACUAUUAUCCGAAGCGGUUGGGUGAAGUCCUCUUUGUGGAUGCUCCCUUCAUAUUUAAACCAAUUUGGCAGUUAACCAAGCCCCUGUUAAAGUCGUAUGCUUCUAUGGUGAGAUUCUGCUCGGUGGACACUGUCAGGAAGGAAUAUUUUACAGAAGAAACUGUACCACCAGAUUUUAGAGAUUAAGGGCAUUCUGAGAUUCGGCUGGGAAUUGAUGAUGUCUUAUGAUACUGGCGGCCAACUGGAUGACAAAAAGAAUACCACAUCACCAGUUCUACCCCAUGGAAAGUACGACAAGAGCAAACUUGCACAAAUCAAAGCUCAGUGUCCAUAGAACUCAAAAAUGUAAAAAUAUUUUUAUAUAGUUGUUCAUGAUUCUUUUAAACAAAAUGAAUGUCCACGGUUUAGUGAAAAUUGAACAAGUUAGAUUUUUUAGCAUUGUAGGUGGCAGUGUGGCUUGGUUCCAGAGGCGUCGUCUGUUUAUUAUUAUAGGGCAAGGCAUUAGUUCUCUACAUACCAAAAACUGGGUAAGAAAGAACUGUAUGGAGCUAUCAAAUCAUAGAAUAAAUUUCUGUUUAGACUCU